AUGUGGGAUAAUCUUAGAUUUUCCUUGUUACACUGCAGGAUUCCACCAAUAGGAUCCAAAAAAGUUAGGAGACGGACUUUUAAACUUGAAAUACCUUUAUACACUCCGAAGAUUAUGAAAGCACAAGAAAUAUACAGAAUGGAAGAAAUUAAUGUCGACGAUAGAAAAGAAAUCCUUUCUGUUGAACAACAAACAUUACAACCCACCUCCCCAAAAGAAGAAGAACCGGCACAUUCUUCUAACGAUGAUCGUGAAUUUGAACGCGAUCAUAAUUAUCAGCGAACGAGAGAAGAAAACACGACGCAAUUACAGGAAGAAAAACAAAACGAAAUAGCUGAUCAAAAUGAACAGUCCCUUUCGUAUGAAUCCGAUCCAAUAGAAAGGAAUAUUCAAGACUCAUUUGAACGGAAUUCCAGAUAUUCUGAAAAACAUAAGAACGGGAGCAAAAAUUACAAUCGCAAGAGAAUACGAUCCAAUAGUGAUCGUAGUGAUUCGUAUUACUCACAACCAUCAGAGGAACCCAGGACACCUAUUUAUGAACCCGAAAUUCACCCUCCUUCUUCAUGGCAUUCAAAUAAUAGAAUGCCUCGAAAAGAUUAUUUUACUGAUGAUCGAAAAAAGAAUCGAAUGCGUUAUAGGAAUCGGGAUUUUAAUCAUGAACGAAUGCAUUUGUUUGAUAGAAUACAAAUCAAAGAUAAUAGAAACCGUGGACCAGAGAGAGAGAGAGAUUACGAAAUAAUGGAUCGAAAGGAAAGAUAUGAAAGGGAAAGGGGCUUAAGGGUAGAACGUGAACAUGAAAUACGUGAACGAGAUGUAGUACGGCCACGUGAUAAUCCGACGAGAUAUUAUGAAGAACCCCACCCGCGCUUUCGAGUUCCAUAUUAUGAGUAUGGUAGGGAAGCGGAUAGAAUACGAGCUCCUUAUUUUGAUUACCAUCGCGAACCGGAUUUUAGAGAACGAGAGUAUCCUCGUUAUCGUGAUUUUGAUUGGGACCCUUAUUAUCAUCGUGCGUCACCGCCACCUCCUGGUCACUUUCAUUAUAGAGACAACUUGAAACGACCUAACGAUUAUUUUUAUCAACAAUCCAUUUAUCCUAGAAGGUCAUUAUCUCCUCGAGCUCGUUAUUCACAUAAUAGGCGUUCACUUUCACCUAAUUCUAGACGUGUAUCGAAUCCUACGUAUGAACGUCGAUAUGAACGGGAUCGUCCGCCUCGCUAUGAUUCGAUUCGUGAGAAUGAAUUUGACGCACGUAGAAAUUCCAUACAUUAUAAUGCGCCUCAUUAUAAUGAAUUACACUCUCCUGGAUUUGAUCAUUACAAUCCUCCUGCAAUACCACCAAGUCCUAUCAACUUAAAAUCUUCGUAUGAAGAUAAUGGUUUUACUGGCGUGGUUUCAACGGUUAAUGAGUCAUCAUACGAACGAGAACGUCCUCCCAAAGCAAGAAAUUGGGAUAUAAAUGCAGAUAAAGGGAAUAAAGAGGGAAAAAGAGGUCAAAAUAAUUCCAAUGACAAUGCUGGUGGAGGUUAUGAACGUGAACGUGGUCGUGGUCGUGAGAGACGAAAACUUUGGGACGAAAUUAUUCACGAUAAACCAAAGGACGUGGAUGCGGAUAAUCAUAGCAAUAGUACUAUCGUCAGUACUACACCCAAUGCAAAUAAUAACAGUAGCACAGAUCGUACUCGUGAUCGUAUCCGCAACGAAAAAUCGAGGAAUAUGAAUUCUAAUGACGAUAAAUACCAUGAUAUCAGCACAGAUCGUAAUAGCAAUAGCGGUGAUGCGACUAAAGAACCUUAUGAACGUCAUGCUACACGUGAGAAAAAUAACAAAUAUUGGGAAAAAAAUGAAGAAAAGAGUAGAGAUUUUGAUCGUAAUAUCACAAAGAAUCGUGAAAGAGAUAACAAAGAAAGAGCUUCAUAG